CACUAUGAUUUAUAUUUUAUGAAGACUUUUCAGUUAAAAAAUCAAGCAUUACCUAUUUCAUUUAAAUAAUAAGGAAAAAAAAUAUCUUCAACAUGUUGGUCGGUCGGCAAUCAAAAAAUAUUUUAUCUAGUGUAACGAAUACAAACAUAAAAAGGUGUCUUGGCACAGCAUCUGAAGACUCUGGCCAUGCUCAAUUUGUAUAUAACCGCAACCCUAGAAAUCUGGAGAAGUUAAGAAUCGCUUACAAACCGGCUGGUUAUCAUCUCGAAAAACCUGGUCGUGAGUUUUGGCAUAAGCUACAAGUAACAACUAGUAAAAGACACGUGACAGCUAGUGUUUUGCACCACACAGGUAUGGUUCCAAUAAUGGCGACUACUGCAGAAUGGGCUAUACGCAAACAGCUCUUUAGCACUUUAGAUAAAAUGGCAUACAUAACUAUUGGCAAAGUGUUAGCACAACGUUGUUUAGAAUGUGGUAUUUCUGAUAUGAUAAAUUCCUAUGAAGUUUUGCCAAAUAGUAAACUUGAGGCAUUACUAGACAACUUAUUAAAAGGAGGUGUACGAUUAGAAGAAGAUCCAAGAUACAAGUCACCAAAUCCUUGGGAUCAAGAAAGACCAGAAAAACCAUGGGAACAUUAUUAAAUAUAAUUUAAUUCAUUUUUUGAACAAAGAUUAUGUAUAUUAUGCAUUCAAAUUUUGUAUUAAUGUAUUAAACAAAACUUAAUAUUUAA